AUGUGGGGAAAUAUUGAUGUUGAAUGGUCUUUUUUGGAUGCUAAUGGAGCUUUAGGAGGCAUUCUUACCAUGUGGAAAAAAGAAUUAUUUUCUCUAAACUAUAGUUUUAGAGAUGAAGGAUUUCUUGGUCUAUGUGUGGAGAAGGAGGGUAAACUCAUUUACUUUGUAAAUGUUUACGCCUUUUAUGACAAAGAUACUAGAAGGAGGACUUGGAAAAAUAUUUGCGAGUUCAAGAACAAUAACAUUGGAGGAUCUUGGUGCAUUGGCGGAUACUUCAAUUCUAUUUCUUCUUUAUAUGAAAGAAUUGGAGUUACUAAUGGUGGUCAUAGUAGGGAGUUAAGAUUCUUUAACGAGUUCAUAGAGGUAAUGGAUUUGGUGGAUCUUUCCACUAUUGGUGGCAAGUUUACUUGGUUCAAAAGUAACGGGAAGGCUAUGAGUAGGCUUGAUAGAUUCCUACUUUCGAAGAGUUUUGUAGAAGAUUGGAAGGUGGAUGGCCAACAUACAGGUAACGUUCUGGAAGAUGUGGUUAAGAAAAGGUUGAAAGUGGCGGAGGAUUUUUGGGAAAACAAAAACAAAAAAGAAGGGCUUCUUAGAAUUAAAUCGAGACAACUUUGGCUUUCCGAAGGGGACGAUAACACACAUUUCUUUCAUAAUUCCCUAAAAGAUAGAAGAAGAAGGAAUUCCUUAUGUGCUAUUGAGACUAGGAGGGGAAGAAUGGAAGAGGUCACGAAGAUUAAAUACUUCAUUUUCAAACACUUCGAAGGGUUUUUUAAAGAAGAGGAUGCUAUUUGGUCGUGUGGUGGGAACAAAAGUCCGGGCCCGGAUGGUUACUCUUUGGAAUUCUUUAAAAGGUUUUGGUUUCUUCUUAAAGAUGAUCUCAUGAAGCUUUGCAACGAUUUCCAUUCUAAAGGUACGCUUGUCAAAGCUAUCACUACUUCUUUCCUUGCGCUUAUUCCAAAAAAGAAGAAUCCGCAAGACUUGAUCGAGUAUCGUCCUAUUUGUUUAGUGGGGAGCAUAUACAAGAUCCUUGCAAAGAUAUUGGCGGCUAGAAUGAGAGGUGUGUUGGAUAAAUUGGUUUUGCCUAAUCAAACCGCUUUUGUUCCAGAUAGGAGUAUGAUGGAUGGUGUUUUAAUGGUUAAUGAGAUCCUUGAUUGGGCUAAAAGAAAAAAGAAGGGGUGUCUAAUUAUUAAAGUGGAUUUCAAAAAGGCUUACGACUCUAUUUCUUGGAUCUACCUUAGGUGGAUCAUGGGAAGAAUGGGGUUCGGGAAGAGAUGGUUGAAAUGGAUGGAAUCUUGUAUUUUCACUAGUCACAUGUUCAUGUUGGUAAACGGAAGCGCCACCAAAGAAUUCAAAGUUCAAAGAGGUUUACGUCAAGGUGAUCCGAUUUCUCCUUUUCUUUUUGUCAUUGCUAUGGAAGGUCUUAGCACUCUCAUGAAUAAAUCUGUAGAGGUGGGGGAUUUAAACUGUACAAAUAUGGAGAAGAUGAUUAUGUGGAUAUCCUCCAAUUUGCGGAUGACACCAUAA